GAUUUUGUGGGACGAAGGAGAAAGAUUAGCGACUUGUGUUCCAGGACAGCGAGGUCUUGGUUUACAGUUCAUUGACGCGGUUCCGCGGCCUGGGUCUCCCUAUCAAAGCUGCAAUCUUCUCCUCGCAAUAGCUCCUCCAUCGCCUAUACUGCAAUUCCCAAAAUGCAGGAAUUCCCAAAAUAAAUUGACGGAAGUAUCACACACGGCAGCUGGAAAUCGGUAUCGAGCGUCUGAUUCGGUGGUGCAUCUGUGACUGUUCUAUGGAUCGGAGCGUUGCCCCGUAUUGGUGAUUCUUUCGUGGCCAAGAAGAGAAAGCUUAAGCGGCGGUUGUGGUCGCCGUAGUUAAGCCUUCUUGGUGCCAGAAUUGUUUUUUUUGCUAGUGGCUGAGAUGCAAGAACUCAGCAAAGUUUAGCAAGCCAGUUGCCGCAGACCAAUGUCUUCCAGGAGGCUAGUGUGUUGGAAUGCAGUUAGGGGUUUAGUGAGGAUAUCGGCUUGUUGUAAAGUCGUGGGGACGUAGUUGACUUCUAUGCCUCCAGCAGAUGUUUUUUUUUCCAUAUAUAGUGAUGUUGGAGUUUUAUGUGCUUCCUUUGUACAUGGAGAACUGGGUUGUGAACAAGUUUGAUACAACUCUGGUUGUUGCUUUUUAAUGGUGUGGAUGUUUCUUUGCAACUUUCCAGUUCUGUUAGUAAUCGCCGCAAAUGCACGAUGUCGCGAGUUGCUUCGGUGAAGACUCGGUACUCGACUUCCGUUGUGGAGAGGGCCACUGUCAAUUGCUUUUUGCUGCACCAAUCCACAAGUGAACACUGGGGCUCAUUGGCACUUUCAGUGAAUUGCAGUUGUCCAUUCCGUACUUCUUCAGAAGUUUCAGCAGAUAACCGCGUUGGUGAACAAAGAUCCCCUCGUCCAUGUAUGUUAACUUGGCUCCAAGAGGCUCGGAUCGGAGGCGCUCUUUUUCAGAUUCAGUUCGCGUGUGAGUUAAGCAUCAAUUCGGCUGUACCAGGUGCGGGGUGCUUGACGCAACCCAUACAGUGCACGUCUCAGCCAAGCAACCUUCCCCUCUGAAUUUUUUCCGCUAAAGCCAUCGGGUAUUAUCAUGUUCUUCUUUAUCACCUAGUUUGGCGGAGAAUGUGAUGUGAUCUUUAAGCCGCGUUGAAGGUCUUCGGUCGCUCACAGGAUAUCUGUUCGUUGGUAUUAGGUUCCGUAACAAUUCACUUCCCUUGUUUUUUUUGUUACUUGUCUUUUGUGAUGUUCUGCUGAACGCUGAGGUUCAGUUUCAUCAGUAUCGGUGUCCCGCAAUGAUGCACCGUCCUUGUUUACUGUUGAUUUUCUGCUGCGAUGUAUCAUUGGCUGCGGAGUUUCUGUGUCUUCAGAAUUAGCGAGGCGCAGCUGCUCGUCCGAGGUAUAUGGUUUCUCUUUGUGAGUCUGAUUGGUGCCAAAUUUGGAUGAGCUUUCACUGUUUUUGCAAUUUAUGUCGAGUGAUGGUAGGUUGAAGUCAAAGGGGUUGUCUUUUGUUGAUAACCUCUGCUUUAGGUGGUGGUAACCGAUUCGACUCUCAUCAAACACUAAGUCACAUGUUAUGAGAUUUUUUUUUUUUCUCAGGCUCAUACAUUCUGUAAGCUUUGGUAAAAUCAUCAUAUCCUACAAACAAGCUUCUUUCCUCUUUUGAUACAUGUACAUAGCAAAUUCAACCAAAAACUUUGAGAUUACUUACAUUUGAUUUUUUCUUUGUGUACUUUUGCUUAGGCGUGAUUCCCUAAUUUGCUUGUAUAGGGCAGUGAUUUACAAGAUAAUUGGCUAUGUUGAUUACUUCUUCUAAAAAGAAAUUAGGCGUGCCUCCUUCAAACACCAUGCUUUGUGCUUUUUCCACCAAUAUUCAAUUUUGCCUUUCUGCAA